UGAGAUAUUAUAAGACUAUUUUGAAAUCGCAGUAAGAAUAUUCUAAUAUAUAUUUGUAUUGUUGUGCAGAGAAGUAAAGCUUCAAGUUUUGCGGUCAAUAUAUAACGUUUCCGAGAUGGGAUUACCCUGUAUAAUUCACAAAACUAGAAUAUUUCUACUAUUUUUAGUACUUAUUAUUUCUGCUAUGCUUUGGUCGUUAUUAACCCACAUCAGUUUUCAUAGACGUCCCUCUAAUUUCCACUUUCGACAACCCGUUGAUCUGGUUCAGUCUCCAAAGGAACGAGAUUGCUCAACUGGUGAAUCUUGUCAAGGAUCGGGAACAGCUAUGAAAACAGUUUUGUUGUGGACGACGUUCUUCUCUGAAAAAAAUUAUCUUCCUUCCACAGAUAAGAUGCAGUGUGCGGAACGCAGAUGCUUGUUAACAUCGGAUCGUCGAGUUCUGAAUCAGAGUGAUGCACUGGUGUUUCACUGGGCAGAUCACCUGUUCAACGAUAUUCCAACUACUCGGCUAUCACAUCAACGAUGGAUUUUAUUCGUCCUGGAAUCCCCACACAACACUGGAUCCUUGAGUCACUUUAACAGACUGAUAAACUGGACCGCUACUUACCGGCUGGAUUCGGAUAUAGUAACUCCUUAUGGUCAUGUUCAAAAAACUAUUAAUCGUAGCGCUACCUUGGAACCUGUGCCUCGUGACCACGCUUCGAAUAAAACUAAAAUGGUGGUCUGGUUUGUGAGCAAUUGUGAAACUGUUAGUAAUAGAGAAGGCUAUGUCAGCGAAUUAAAGCAACACGUGGCCGUGGACAUAUACGGAUUAUGUGGACGUGAAAGUUGCAAACCGAGGAUGUCUAAAGCCUGUUAUAAUGAUGUAGCCAAAGAAUAUCGGUUUUAUUUGUCUUUUGAAAAUUCUAUUUGUCAAGACUACGUAACAGAGAAAUUUUUUCACAUCUUACAAACAGAUAUGGUCCCGGUGGUAUUUGGUGGCGGGAACUACAGUACUCUUGCUCCACCUAAAUCCUUUAUUAAUGCAUUGGAAUUUGCGUCACCUAAACAUUUGGCUGAUUACUUGAUAUAUUUAUCAAGGAACGCUACUGAUUAUAACAGUUAUUUUUGGUGGAAACAGACACAUGCCAUGGGUGGCUAUCAUUGGGUGUGUGAAUUAUGCCGGAAACUGCACGAUCCGACAGAAGGGCCCUCUAGCUACAAAGACAUUGAUAAGUGGUGGAAAACGCAAGCCAGUUGUAAAAGUUGGAACAAAGCCAAAGGUCUUCUGUCUGUUUGAUUUUGCUUAUAAUAAUAUAAAAAAAUGGUUCAGGUAAAAAGUACAAACUUUUAAGAAAGCAUGAUUGAUCUUAGGAUAACUAUACGUCAUUGGGUAUUUAUAUAGUGUAUCUUUAAAACCAUCUUGAAGAACUCCAUACAGCGUUAAUUGUUCAAAAGAAUUCUAGGGUGC